AUCAAAGGGCUGAUAGCUAUUCAUCAUCAUCAUCAUCAUCAUCAAAAUCUUGCACCUUUUUUCUGCUUUAAUUAUAUAUCUUAUUGGAUUGUGUUAUUUUUUGUUAUGGGUUUGAGUUCCAAGCAGGUUUCAAGGAGUAGUAGUGGACUUGAUUGGAACCAAGCCUUAUUGGAAUCACAGAAAUUGGAGCUUCCAAUUCCAAAGCCUCAUCAUAUUAUGAAGAAACAACAACAGAAUCAAUCAUCAUCGUCAUCAUCAGAGCCAAUGAAGUGUCCAAGAUGUGAAUCUACCAACACAAAGUUCUGUUACUACAACAAUUACAACAAGUCUCAGCCUCGCUAUUUAUGUAGAACUUGCAAGAGGCACUGGACCAAAGGUGGAACUUUGCGCAAUGUUCCAGUUGGUGGUGGAAGAAAGAACAAAAGGGUCAAAAAAUCAACCGCCACUGCAACCGCCACAGCCACCGCCACCACCUCUACUUGCACCACAAGCAUCAGAAUUCAAGCUCCUUCUCUUGCAAUGGAUGAUCACAAAAACAUAGCUUCUCCUUCUCCUUCUUCUUCUUCUUCCCUCUAUCAAGGUCUGAUUCGUCCACCACCUUUCCUACUACAUCAGAAUCUGAUGAAUAAUAUUAUUACCAGAGGCAUAACAUCAGAAACUAAAGGUUAUGGUAUUGGUAUUGGUAUUGGUAAUAAUAACAAUAAUACCAAUGGCAUCUUUCUUGGUUCAUCAGCUUUGUCUCUUCCUCAGAAUCAAGGCUUGCUUAUCCCCUUCUCAACUGCAUCAAGCUCUAAUUUUGACACAAACCCAUGUUUAGUUUCAGUUUCAACCUCUUUGCAAUCCGCCAAUGUUUAUAAUAACUGUGGUGGUGAAGAGUUUAAAGCAAUAGAGGAACCAAGCAUGCACAGCAUAAUGGCUACCACUACUUCUACACAACCAUGGGAGAUACCAGCAGCAACAAUGGAAAUGUCAAACUAUUGGGGUUGGGAGGACAUUGAUUCUUUGGUCUCUACUGAUCCGAACAAUAAUCAUCCUUGGGAUGAUUCUGAUGAUAUCAAACCCUGAGAGACCAAAAAAGAAAAUAAGAUCAACUACAGAUGCAGCAACAUGACACAUGGCAGUGGUGUUCAUAGAUUAGUUAGUUUUGUUUUAUUUGAUUUAAUUGGGGGUGUUUUUUUUAUUAUUUUUAAUUUUGUGUUUCCUUACAGAUUAGUGAGUGUUCUUGUUUUUCAGAUGGAGUGAUUAUUAUUGUUACAAAGAGCAGUAUUUUGGAGCUGUUAUGUUUUAGCUUCAGCUCCAGGCUUUCAAAAAUUGGAUCCCAAUUUAUUAGAUGUAACCCACUUUGAUUAUUUCUCCCUCUUUGUUCUUUAUCUCUCUGAUCUGAUCUCUACCAUUUUCUCUCUAGUCUCUAAAUAAAUAAAUAAAAUGGUGUGCCAUAUACUGAUGUUGUAUCUAGAGAAUUCAACUAUAGAG